UUAUUUAUUCCUUUCCGGCAGGGAUCCUGACCCCGAUUGAGGCCAAGCAGCGUCGCGGGAAGGGGGCCCUGGGGGCUUAUGGGUCGGAGCGGACGGCCCAAUCGCUGCAGGACUUCCCCGUGGCGGCCGAUUCGUCGGAGGAGGAGGAGGAGGCGGGGCUUAAGCGAGAGCUGGGCCAAUGGCGGAAGGAGCCCGGCAAGAAGCGGCCCCCCAAGUACAGCUACAAGACGGCCGAGGAGCUCAAGGCCCGGUCGCGGGGGGCGGGGCCUCGCCCGGGCGGGAGGCGGGGCCUCCGUCGACACGGCAACCUCCGCCGCGGGGGCGGGGCCUCGGCCACUCGCUCCACACGUCAAGGUGAUUGACAUGACGGGUCGUGAGCAGCGUGUGUAUUACAGCUACAGCCAGAUCAGCCAGAAGACGCAGCAGCAGCAGCAGGCUCCUCCCCCCGCGGAGGCGGGCGGCCAAUCCCCUUCCUCGGCCGCCUCGUCUUCCUCGGUGUUGCCGGGCAGACCCCCCGUGUCGGCCCGCCCGGCGGCCCCGGCCUUCUCCCUCCCGGAGCUGGAGCACAACCUGGACCUGCUGAUCUCGCUGACGGAGGAGGAGAUCCUGCAGAGCGACCGGCGGGCGCAGGCCGAGCGGGACCGCGUGGCCGCCCUGGCCGUGGAGAUCGCCCGGGCCGAGGCCGCCCUGGAGGAGGAGGGGGCCCAGAUCCGCAGCCUGGAGAAGGUCCUGCAGGCCGUGGAGUCCUGCCAGGAGCGCCCGCUCUCCCUCGACCAGGCCGCCGGCGUCUUCAAGCGGCUCCAGCGCGAACACGGGCCCGAGUACCGGCUCUGCGGCCCCGAGGCCCUGGCCGCCGCCAUCGCCUUCCCCCUCGUCCGGGAACACUUCCGCCAAUGGCAGCCCCUCAAGGACUGCCGUUACGGCACGGAGGUCAUGGCCAAGUGGAAGUCCCUCCUGGAGAAUGACCACCUCUUGUCCCACGGCGGCCAGGACCUCUCCUCAGACGCCUUCCACCGGCUGAUGUGGGAGACGUGGAUGCCGAUCGUGCGGGAGACGGUGUCCCAGUGGCAGGCGCGAGACUGCGUCCCGAUGGUGGACUUCCUCGACUGCUGGGAGCCCAUCGUCCCCGUCUGGAUCAUGGACAACAUCCUCGACCAGCUCGUCUUCCCCAAGCUACAGAAGGAGGUGGAGGGCUGGAACCCGCUGACGGACACGGUCCCGAUCCACGCGUGGGUGCACCCGUGGCUGCCGCUGAUGCGCUCCCGCCUGGAGCCGCUCUACGCGCCCAUCCGCAGCAAGCUGGCCAGCGCCCUCCAGAAGUGGCAUCCCAGCGACGCCUCCGCCAAGCUCAUCCUCCAGCCCUGGAAGGACGUCUUCACCCCCGGCUCCUGGGAGGCCUUCAUGCUCAAGAACAUCCUCCCCAAGCUCGGGAUGUGCCUGAACGAGCUGGUGAUCAACCCGCACCAGCAGCACAUGGACGCCUUCUUCUGGGUCAUGGACUGGGAGGGCAUGAUCUCCGUCUCCAGCCUGGUCGGACUCCUCGAGAAGUACUUCUUCCCCAAGUGGCUGCAGGUGCUGUGCUCGUGGUUGAGCAACAACCCGAACUACGAGGAGAUCACGAAGUGGUACCUGGGGUGGAAGUCCAUGUUCUCGGACCAGGUGCUGGCCCACCCGUCCGUCAAGGAGAAGUUCAACGAGGCCCUCGACAUCAUGAACCGGGCCGUCUCCUCCAGCGUCGGGGGGUACCUGCAGCCGGGCGCCCGCGAGAACAUCGCCUACCUGACGCACACGGAGCGUUGCAAGGACUUCCAGUACGAGGCCAUGCAGGAGCGGCGAGAGGCCGAGACGGUGGCCCAGCGGGGGAUCGGCAUGGCCUCGGGGUCGGGGGCCGGGGGGUCGGUGCCCAUGAACUUCAAGGACCUGAUCCAGGCCAAGGCCGAGGAGCACAACAUCGUCUUCAUGCCCGUCAUCGGGAAGCGCCACGAGGGGAAGCAGCUCUACACCUUCGGCCGCAUCGUCAUCUACAUCGACCGCGGGGUCGUCUUCGUCCAGGGGGAGAAGACCUGGGUCCCCACCUCCCUCCAGAGCCUCAUCGACAUGGCCAAGUGA